AUGUCGGAUUUUCCGAUGCCAGACCACUAUCCACCACAUCUCACGCAAGCACAGUUCCAGGAAUUCAUGGAAUUAUAUGCGAAACAUUUCGAUCUGCUCAAGGACAUCGUCUUCGAUGCCGCAUUGAAGAAAGUGAGUCGCAACGACGACGACACAAAAUGGCGCGUCGAGGUGCUGGUCAACGGAGAGACCAAGGUAGAAGAGUUCGACAAAGUAGCUCUUUGCCACGGGUACCAGACGUAUCCACAGAUGCCCAGAUUCGAGGACGAUAAGAAGUUCGAAGGUAUUCUUAUGCACGCACAACAAUUUCGACCAGAAGAUGUGGAGAAAUACAAAGGCAAGAACGUCGUCAUGGUUGGCAUGUCUAGUACUGCCUCAGACGUGAUCAACAACAUCCUACCACAUGCUUCGAAAGUAUACCUCUCGCAUCGGCGGGGAAUGUAUAUCUUCCCUACCUGGCGCGAUAAUACACCUGCAGACUUGCUCCUCAGCUGGCGCCGACGUCAAAGCGGUUUCUUCCUGCAACGAUACUUCCCUUCCGUAGCACAGUGGUGUGGCGACAAAGCACUGGAUUAUCUCAUGCGCUCAAGCUGGGGCAAGUUGGACCCAGACUGGCGCAUCUUACCCAGCCCCAGCAUCACGCUCAGUCUACCUGGAGCUAGCGACUACAUAAUCCCUCUGCUAAAAGCCGGAAGAGUCACAUCUUUACACGGAAUAAAGCGCUUUCUUGGGCCCCGCAGCAUCGAAUUCACAGACGGCACCAUCCUCGAAGACAUCGAUGCCGUCAUCUGCGCAACCGGCUACACCGCCGACCUGAGCGUCGCGCCCUUCCUCGAAACAAGCCGGCCACCCACCUACUCAGGCCCCGAGCUGGUCCGCCUCUGGCACAACAUCUUCCCGCCGAAGUAUGCGGACAGCAUGGCGCUCCUCUGCCACUCCGCCUACGGCAAGAACAACGGCUUCUCCUUCAACGACGUCCAGUCCAUGGCCGUGUCCAACAUCUUCCGCAACGUGCACCCGCUCCCCUCUCUCAGCGCCAUGGAAUCAGACGUCGACAAGCACCAUGCAUGGCUCGCGUCUCGCUGGGCUGCAGAUAAGACAGAAGGUAGCUUUGACAGGAGUAUGGUGCAGAAUUGGAAGUUUCAGGGGUUCCUGCAUGAGGCGGCGGGGACGGGAAUGGAGAGUUUAGGCUGGGGGUUAAAGGGAUGGAUGUUUUGGUUGAAGGACCCGAAGAUGAGCUAUCUCAUGAACAAUGGGAUUGAGACUGCGCAUGCGUUUCGCUACUUUGAAACGGGGAAGAGGAAGACGUGGGAUGGAGCGAGAGAGGCGAUUCUCAAAGCGAAUGAGGCCGUGAAGCAGUUCCCGAUCAAGAAUGAGGACGAUUUGCCGGAGUAUCGGAAGGAGAUGAUUAUGAUUGGGAAGGAGGGGAAGAAUUAG